AUGGAUCGAGCUUGGAGCUGGACGCGCAUUGAUGGCCGCAAUGUAUUGGCCAUGCCCACACAGACAGAGAUCCGACUAUACGACAGUGACGACUUUAUCCUCUUAUCCCGCCUCGCACCUUCAGGACAUCGGUCGCCCGUGUGUUUUGUCCGCUGGAGCGCUUUCCACGGCAAAUUAGCGUCCCUCUCGGCCGAGCAGAUCCUUAUCCAUGCGCCGCAGCGGGAUCUACAGCAGCGUAGCAACGUGCAGUUUGUACCUAUCUGCUGCUAUCGGUUGGAUGUGGUUCACACGAACAUUCGUGGGCUCUCGUUUUCACGUAGCGCCAAGGAAUUGCUCUUCUGUGGACGAGAUGCGGGGCUAGGGAAGCUGGAUGUAAGGGCUCAAGGCUCGUGCAAUGAUCAAGAUCUUGUACUAUGGGAACAGGUGCAAGAAGGCUGUGAUGUUGCGAAAUACUCGCCCAGUGCCUUUGUGUUCGCGACAUUGAGGAUAAAAGAAAUGCACGUGAAGGUCUGGAGGAUGAGGAGAAGACUUGGAGAUGCAGAUGAAAACCAGACACUGGAUCGAGUCGAGUCACUGGGACAUACAGAGCCAGUGGUGUAUUUCUCGUGGAGACCGUCCACGACGCAGUGGCAUUCGGCUCUAGAGUCCGACGGGACGAGAAAAGCUCAAUGGUUUGAGCCAAGAAGGAUCCUCUUGACGUGCACAGUAACUAGGAAGGUCAGAAUAUGGACUGAGAGUGUGGAUGUGUGUUUUGAACCUGUGCUGAUGAUUGAACCGACGUAUUUGAGUAAUAAUGUACGCUGGGUCAUAUCCAAGAACAGAAAUAUCAGUGAUGAGAAUUUCCAGGUAAAUGACCCGCAAACCGACCAUGUAGAUUGGAUAUCUGGUGUGGAUCAUAAGGGAGUGUUGAGAUUGUGGAAAUUGGUCGGGGUAAUGUCGAAUUCACCGACAGUAGAGGAAACAUCGCUUCAGAUUAAAGUUAAUGGGCAAGAUGACCGACAUGAUGUGAAUUUAAACGUGAGGCUGGGGGAGGUGUGUGUCAUGGCCUACUUUUCACAAAAUUACUUUGGGAUGCCGUCUAAGCUUGACAUUGUCCUUCAGCGCGUGGACCAUAUUAUGAUGUCUUUUCACGUCAGAGUAGGCGAGGGGAAACGGCCAUCGCAGAUUUUGAAAAAGUCAUGGUAUAGAAGUCACCUUGGUUCGAUUUCAGCAUUGUCCGCACAUCCAUCGUUACCGCUGAUUGCUAGCGUUGAUUCGCAUUCGUUUGAACGCGAUAGCACCGCGAGAAAUGACAUUCUUGUGUACUGGAUCUCAUUUUCCGCAUUUUCUGUCGAAUCACGGCUUAUUCCGUCGGGUGUGCUGCCCUGCGAAAAGAGUAGCGGAAAGGUAUUGUGUAUUCAGUGGGUGCCAACGCUACACUUCGAUGCUACUCCUCUACUUCUCGUUGCUUUUGAGUCAGGAGUAAUCGAUGUGUACGGGCGGUCUGCGCGAGCCGACGUUGCAGUUGUGUCUUCUCCAAGGGUGCAAUUGCCUCGGCAACAGGGAAUGCUUGCUCGCUCUCCGAGUUUGUCUCCGUGGACAUUUUAUGAUUACGUGACAGACGAGUCGGGUUUUGAAUACGAGGUGGCAUGUAAAAAGCCAACUAAGUCAGAGCUUGACAUUCAGUUUGAGGAGAGAAAGGGAAAGCUGCUUGUUUUACGAAAUCGCUCUAGCAACAAGUAUCUCCGUGAAGUGAUCGAAGGAGAUGAGCUUGUGGGCAUUAACAACAAGAGUGUUGUGGGGAAGGAAGUGAAGGAUAUCUUGGAGCUGAUAGACCUGUUGUCGCCGGAUGAUUCACUGCUUAUGCGUUUUCGAGCGUCAUGCGUGCAAAAUAACGAGGGAACAAUGGGACCAUUAGCGUAUGAGACCAUUCCUCAAUCUACAACGUGUGCUCCUUUUAAAUUGACGUCCAAAAGCAGCGGUGAUCUGUAUGCGUCAAAGCACACGGUUGAAGACUAUGCAUCUGAUCUUCGACGAAAUUUUUGUUCAUCGAUGGAGAACCCGCAAAACAACGUAGUUGAUGCAGGAGCGGUGUCAAUGUAUGGUGGCUGGAGACAAAUUCUUCAUGUGAAAGCAGUAUCCAAACUGUCACUACUUUGUAUUUGUCCAUCUUAUGCGGACGAUGGUGAAUAUAUGCCUGAUUCCGUGUUGAUAUUUGGCAUAGUAUCAUUACCCGGGAAGCUUUGCGUGUGGAAAGGUGUACGUGAUGGCGCAUAUCGGUCGUUUAAUUUGGUUCCUUUACAAAUUCAAGAGCAAGUAAUCGAGAGAAAAACGAACAUCACGUCGAUCGCCAGUGAAAGAGACUACCGUCAGCGAGCAUUUUCGGGCAAGAGAACUCAAAGGCACAACAGUUUGAACUCGUUGCUUUUUAUCGGCGAUGCAGCUGGAAAUGUUGAACACUGGCGAUGCCAGGUCGUUGCCAACAGUGUUCACUUCACCAUGAUGAGUUCCAAUCCUGUUUGCGUAUAUAAUUCUACGCCGUCAGCGAAGGGGCACUAUUUGCGCGGGUCAUUUUGUCGACGUGGGUAUGUUUCUGCCGAUCAAGUGGAGAAUUCAAGACAAAGCGGAGAUGCAGACACGGGUGUAGCUGGCAGUAUUAGUCACAUUGAAGUGGAUGAUCCAAAUCGCCUGGCUGUGCUGCAUGCAGAUCGACCCGAUGUACUUUAUGUAUUUGAGGCAGAGUCUGGACUCGGAAUUCUGCGCCCGGAAGAAUCUAUUUCGUCAAAUGGUCGAGGGAACAUUUUGGGUUUCAGCUGGUGUAAUUCGCAUGUCGAGUUCAAUGUCGAUGCACUUGCAGUUAGAUACGAGUCCGCAACAGUUAUUUAUCAGUAUGAUACGACCCUACAUUGCUGGUCGCAAAUCGGGAAUGACAUCGUGAGCCCACUUCCUCUGUUUGAUUGUACACGAGAUUCGUCUGCUUUGCUGAUUGGAGGUGGCCGUCUAAUGGACUCGCGACCAAAUCAAUCUUCAUCUCAACCAGUUUCAAAUGAAAUGCCUGUGGUAAUGGGCAAGUGGGAUGAGCCAGGAAGCCUUCUACAGCAAGCUAUGGAUUGGAAAGCAGUUGAGUCUCCGCAAAAGCUACCUGUGUGGCAUCCAUAUGUGCUUCUUACAACAAUGUUCGGCAUGUAUGCUCGCGUUGGAAAGAAAGACACUUUACUUGCGAGAGACAGUGCAACUUGCGAGUUUUCCAGAUCCUUCAAAGAUGCUACCCAAAUGCUGAAGCUGCUUGCGAAAGUAGUUGAGGAUGAGCAUUCUGCUCGAGCUAGCGCCACCAGUGGGGUUCUGUCUUACGCUGGCUCCGUGCGAGCUCAAGGAGCAGCGACCAAACACGACGAAUUGGGCCGUGCUCGCAUGGUAAAGUCUAUUGGCCGAUACUCGACAUCCAUCCAUCGAAGUGAUAAAAUUGAUAGAGCUGAAAAUCUGUUUGCAGAUCCCGCGAGUAGAGGCCUUCAAUGUAGACAGAAGUUUGAUGAAGCGGAAUUUUGUCCUGACGAGGAUGACCAUCGUACUUUAGGAUCUGGUGAAGCAGCAGCGAUUCUGGCAGCAGUUGAUUCUAUUCUUCUCGGCAGAGCACACCCAUUGCAAGCGAACGCACUCAUGCUGUUUGCUUCGUUUAGCGAAGAGCACCUUUUAGAGAUGAAAGCGCUCUUAAGCUUUGUAGAUGCCAUUCAGUCACUGGGUUUUGAUUUGGACGCUUCAGCUGCAGACCUGGGAGCGAAGCGCUUCUUCUCGAUGCAUUUAUUUGCAAAGUCGCUGAAAAGCGUAGUGCUUGGUCACAUUAAUGGCAGCACAAGUAACCUACAACAUGGUGAUUGUAGUCCAUUAUCUUUCAAAGUAAAAUGGGGAAGUUCGUACAGCGAGCGCGAAAGUUGUUUAUGUCUACCAAGCUUGGAAGAGACGCCUUCGUCAGGUCUACUAUGGGCUUUACACUCGGAUGCACAACAGUUUUUGUGGGAGCAUUGCAUCGAACCUCGUAUGCAAUGGGACGACAUCCGUCCUCUGUGGCUGGGGCUUUGGGUCAAGGAUGUCAAAGACCUGCGAGGAAUUGUGGAAAGAGUUGCAAAAGUUUCCUACACGCGAACUAAAGAUGCUAUGGAUGUGUGUUUGCUGUAUGUGGCAUUGGGAAAGAAAAAAGUGCUCAGUGCAUUGGCAAAGAUGACUCAGUCGGAAUCAAACAAGACUCUAGCCCAAUUCUUAGACAAUGAUUUCUCUGAAAAACGCUGGACCGAUGCUGCAAUAAAGAACGCGUAUUCGCUGCUCAGCAAAAAAAAGUAUGAACUGGCAGCUUCAUUUUUUCUCUUGUGUGAGCCGCCACGGGUUCAAGAUGCAAUUCGUGUUCUGUCGGUUCGUCUAGAAGAUCCAAGUUUGGCAAUUGUUAUUUCGAGGCUUGCGGAAUACCAAGUAGACGACAAGCUUCAAGACGCAUUCACAUCGAGUCAAGCUGGAAUAACACCAGCUGGGUCCAUAACGAAGCAAUUGCUGGAGCAUGAUGUAAUUCCUCUUUUUCGUCGGAAGCGUGAAGUGUGGUUGGAGAGUUGUGCACUGUGGUGGCUAGAAGAUUUUGAACAAGCAUGUGCUAUCCUGCUUCCUCACUUUCAAGACGUGGACGUUUGUGGGGAUAACAAAUCGACGCCACUGGCAAAAAACAACCUCGUUUCCAGCGUGAUGCAAGCGACGCACUUUUACAUCAAUCUUACGUCUUUUCCUGUCUACUUUCAGCACCUGCAUUCAAGUGUUAAUUCCUCCUUGGUGAGCUGGGCCAGAACAAAAUUGCACCAACGAGUGUAUCCUGACACCCCGGUGUCACGAGGACCGAUCUCUUUGAAAAGGAGGCGUCUACAGCUUGCUUCGACCGCAGAUAUUGAGCAUGCCUUUUCGUUCGCGGCCUACGUGUGCAAACGAAGUGGUCUGAGUGAUACAGCACUUGUGGAUAUGCUUCAAGCGCGACAUCUGAUAAAUCUUCACGCGCGUUUUGAAAUUUUAGCAGUCGAAGCUAGCAGUGACGCGCUUGGUGAUGCACAAGACAAAGAUUUGUUCAGGCAGCCAGAGAAUAGUUCAACUUCUCCUCGUUUUCAGUCAUCACCAACAAGCUGGAAUCGGGUAAAUAUGCUGUCGUGCGUUACUUCUCCGACUGCAAAUCGAUCCCCAAGAAAAAAAGGUUGGAGCACAUCGUGGAGGCGAAUGAGCUUUAUAGAUGAGGUAUGCCUUCCACACAUGGAUCCACAGGUGAAAGAAAAGAAGUCGAUUCAUCAUCGCUCGCGAGCGAGCUCGUUUUCGUGGUCAAGACCGCUGCAAUUUGAAAAGUCCAUUCCGACAGCGCCGUGGCUAAAGGCACAGAUUGCUGAUAUUGAGUGUAGGCGGUGGUCAUCAUCUGCAUUUGUGGGUAAGAUGAUUGGUAUUCGAGUGGCACGCGAGAUGAUCAGCCAUUUCCGUGCGGAGCUGGAUUUGUGGUUUCGGCAUGGUGAUGACAACACUUCUCCCAGCCAUGCUGUGAUCAUGACAACAACUUCAGGACAACGACAUCACCAUCGAGUUAAGCUCCAUAGGGAGUUUCUGGAUGAGUUGUGCACCCCGCUUUGUGAGCAGUUCCAAGUGGACCGUAACUAUGUCUACGAAGCUGCGCUGGCAGUGAUGCAUCCACACGCUUACCUGCACAUAGUCGAAGUCUGUUUCAUCUUGUCAGAGCUGGAAAGGGUACCGACAUUGCACAGAUGGGUUGAGUACGUGUCAUCAUCGAUGCUACACUCUUGCUCUACAUUCGCCUCAUGUAUCAUCGCUGAGGACGUGUAUCGUGACUGGGAAAGCCUCACUAUUCAGCUGUGUUACAUUCUUAAUCUCGACGCCCAGGGACAAAUUUCUAUGCCGCUUCAAGUGAUUGCAUGUAUCAGUGUUGCAGUGCGUACAGGGAUCAUUUUUUUGGGCUGGGCACGGAAACGGUCCGACAUUGUUCGCCAAGCUGUCAUCAUGCCGUUUUAUACAUACGGCACCACCAAUGGUGCGUCUACUGGUGGUGAUUCAAGCCCUUCCUUGAGCUUGUUUGCCUUCGAAAAAAAUUUACGGUUGCUGUGCAGGAUGUUGGAAAACCCAGCUGUGAGUGGGCGGGAAACACGCACAACUCAAAUAUUUGUAGGAAAUCUAGGAUACACUUUCCUGGGCGCUGUUGCGGCACGCCAAGCAUGUGACGAUGACAUAUCACUUCUGUCGUGGGGUGGCGUCGACACAUCAGCGAGCCAGAACCAAUACAAGAGUCGCAAGAUGUACACGCUCAUUUUAAUGGUGUCUGUACUUCGCACGCUGUAUGCGCGAGCCAGUGUGUUUCUCAGCACGUACGAAAAAUUUGAUGGAGACGAUGAAAAGGGCAUUAGACCAACAGACAUCGCAAGCUCGCUGUUUGUUCCUCAGAAACUAUGGAAAUCAUGGGGCAAAGAUCCCUUAGAUGGACUUAAGCGGUGGUAUGCGCUCAUCGAGUCCCACUUGAGAUGCGAGUUUGAUUACUCAGUGAAAGAAGUUCCGUGUCUGUGCGGUCUUUACGGCCUCGAUAGCACAGCGUUUGAAGAAGCUACAGAUAGGAAAUGUAAUCAGCUGAAUUGCCAAGGCGAUCGCAAUGAUACUGGUAAAGAGUUUACGAAUAGUAAUGCUAAGGAUGACAACUCAGUUGAUACUGAGUGCGAUACGAACAUGCAUGAUACAGCUCCGGCUAAGUUUGUGGCCGAAGAAACGGCUGGUGAUGACGGUUUAAGUAGUUUGGAGGGUUUUCUUUUACAGAUCGGGAUGGGUCUCGAGCUUCAUUCGGUACUGGUGAACGCGAGUGACGAUUACGUUCUAUUGCUAAUGCAGAAUGCAGAUUUCGGCGUGCACAUAACCUUACGACGCUUUCGCUUGGACCCUCGGGUGUACGUUAAAAGCUUUGUGCUGCGAGAUGCCUUCAGUUGGUUUGCUCGCCACCAGAUCUUCAGCUGCAACACCGAAGCUGAUACCAAUGCACAAGCUCACGCAUUCCUGAGUCGUUGUUGCAAGCAGCGUAAACUGCGAUUGUUAGUGGCUCAUCGCGGUGAAGACACUCAGAUGUUUCCGUUAAAUCGUAAUCACUUUCAUCCGCACCGAAAAAGCGCUGCUGAUUCCAGUACGAGCUCGAGCCAGCUACCUCUGUCCCGAUCAAGGUUGCCAAGCGCAGCCGGAUCAUUUGCAAGCGAUGUGCCCUCGUCACGGUCGCGAUUUUUCAGUGGUGCCUUUGCAUCGGAGGGUAGCGACUCAGACAGUUUGCCAAAGGACCUGUACCUGCAGUCAAUGAUGUUUGUGGAUCCUUGGGAAGUGGAGGCGGAGCAUAACGUGCGUCGAUACAUGCAUAAUGGAUAUUCUCCACUGCAUGUGGAGCUUGGGUGCGAUCGCUUAAGCCCAAUUUGCUUGGAAACCUGCGAUGGGAUUAUCAACUCGGUUUUUGAAGACCCUGAUCUGGUGACAUUAUGGAAAACCACAGGCGGGGAAGGCUGGCUAGUUACGGCCAUUACCCAAUACCACCUGGACGGUCUUCACUCGCAUCGUACACUUCACCAGCAUAUCAAGCGUGGUCUCGCGGAGCAGGAGGAACCAAUAAUUCCGUUUCUUGUUGAGAUCUACUCGCGUAGCCAGCGAAAUGCGAUGUUUGAGGAAGCGGGCUUACCCCAUCGUUUUGUUGGAGUUAUUACUGUGGAAUUGAUAGAAGCAAAGGAUUUGAUUCCAUGCAGCUGGGUGGGUAAGUGGAGUGAUGCGUACGUGUUUUUAGAGUUAUCUCACUCUAAGGAUAAACUUUGCGAGACGGCAGAAGAGUGGAGCCUGCAAACUUAUCGAAGCACGGUUGGCAAAGGUGGCGUCAAUCCUCGAUGGAGCACAGCGGAUAAUAAAUUCGUGUUUCGCUUUGCCAUCCCUACCCAUCGCAAGCAUACAGCCAGUCUGAUGAGAGGUGUUCAUUUUGCCAACGGAGGCGAUAAUGUACACGGUGCUGAUUUGAACGCCAGUCGCGUGGCUACGCAAGUGUGGAAUGCUGAUAUUAAUGACUGGAAUCGCGAUGCAGUAAAUGCCCUGGAAAAAUUGCUCCCAUCGGUGUUUUCAGGUCCACCGACAAUGCUGAGGUGUACCGUGUACCAAAAGAACAAGGUUUUGAGCCACGAGUUCAUGGGGAGAGCGAAGGUUCCUCUGGACGAAUUAACCUCCGACAACCAGAUGGACUGCUGGUUGCCGCUUAAGCAUACAGCGAGCGGCUCUUUGCAUGUAAAGGUGUCGCUGUCGUACCAGCUUAUGUGUUCGAACAUGCCUGAUCAAUCACAACGACGGCAAGGACCAUUAUCAAAAGAUGUGUAG